CAGUCCUACAGCUGAUCUACUCAGGAAAUAUUCAGCUGAUCUGCUUUUGUCUCAACAUUCAGACUUCAAGUGACACACAGACACCAGCUACAGAGCUUUCCCACCACAGCCUUCUGCUGUCUCUGCUCUUGUUUGGAGUUGGCAGGAAGCACCAUGGAUGAUCAUUUUAAUUUUAAUCAUGAAGAAAUAAAAGAGGCUCUGCAGAACAAUGACCAAGCCUCGGCUGUUAAAAAGAUCAAAGAGUAUUUGGAUCAACAGGAUCAAAUUCCUCUCAACAUUGCCGUCACUGGAGAGUCCGGCUCUGGUAAAUCCACCUUCGUCAAUGCUUUUAGAGGGAUAGGUGAUGAUGAUGAGGGAGCUGCUGCUACUGGUCCUGUAGAAACCACCAUGGAGGCAACACAGUACCCUCACCCAGUCUAUCCCAAUGUUGUACUCUGGGAUCUCCCUGGUAUCGGCACCCCAACAUUUUCAGCUGCUGAAUACCUGAAGGAGGUGAAGUUUGAGAAUGCUGACUUCUUCAUCAUCAUCUCAGCUGAUCGCUUCACAGAAAAUGAUGUGAAGCUGGCCAAAGAGAUUCAGAGGAUGGAGAAGAAGUUCUACUUUGUUCGCUCAAAGAUUGAUGACAACAUGCGUGCUGAGGGAAGACGGAAAAACUUCAAUGCAGAACAGACCCUAGAGAAGAUAAAGAAUAACUGUAUUCAAGGUCUGAAGAAUCAAAGUAUUGAGAACCCCCAAGUCUUCCUGGUGUCCAGCUUUGAACUUCACCUGUAUGAUUUCCAUCUGUUAGAGGAAACCCUGGAGGAGGAGCUUCCUGCACACAAGAGAGCUGCUCUGCUGUAUGCCAUGCCAAAUAUCAGUCUGGAGAUAAUUAACAAGAAGAAAAAGGCUUUGCAGGCUGACAUAAAAUACAUUGCCUGUUUAUCUACCGCAGUGGCAUGUGUACCAAUUCCUGGAGUCUCUCUUGUUGUUGAUCUACCCAUCCUGGUGACCACAACCCAAAAAUACAAAAAUGCUUUGGGUCUUGAUGACAGGUCACUGGAAAAUCUUGCUUGGAGUGCAAAUGUACCUGUGGAGGAUCUCAGAGCAGAGAUAAAAUCAGAACUGGCUAAAACAGAAAUAACUAAAGAACGUGUACUGAAAGUCCUCUGCAUGUCUACAACUUUAUUAUGUGCACUUGCUGCAGAGGAGGUGGUCACAUUUAUCCCAGUCAUAGGUACCUUUAUAGCAGCAAGUCUCUCUUGUGUCUCUACCUACAUGUCUCUCACUUUGUUCCUCGACAUGCUGGCAGAUGAUGCACAGAGGAUUUUUAAAAGAGUCCUGGGUUUGGACACCUCAGUGUGAUUUUAUAAAGGUGAAUAUAAAUUUGGCACAUACCGUAUGUAAGCAUACAAAGGAAAUGAGCUUUUAUUUCAUUUUGGGAUUGAAUUAUAAUUUUUUCUAUGGGUGUGACGAGAUCUUGUGAUCAAAAUGUCACAAGAUUUCUCGUCAAGGUGCACAGCAAAGAGAGUUGGAGAGUUUAAAUUUCAGUGUUAAACAUUUAAAUCUGUGAAUUUUAACUCUUAAAGUGUAAUUUUAACCCAGCGUUGGAGUUAUCUGGCAAUGUUGAUCCAUUCACUGUUAAUGUAACUCUGUAGAGAUUCAACUGAUCCAAGCUCCGCUCACUGCCAUUUCAAAUCUGGGGGGCAGAGUCUUCCCAUCAUGCCUUUGUGCAGGGUGUUUAGAUGUGUUUUAGAUCUUUCAGAUGUUUUUAGAUGUUGCCUGUUGUACAGUAAUCAAUGUUGGGAUUCCUUUGCUCAUGUUUUGGCUGAAUUAUUGUUUUUGAUGUUAAACCCUUCUGCCCCAUGACUGAAGUUGUCUACUAAUUUGGUCAUUUCGUGACUGUGGGAAGGAGUGCAGACAAAGUUAGGCUAUGGUUUAGCUCUGUGUCUGUCUGAUUGCUCUAUGAUUACCAUAAUACACCUCAGUUAGCUGUAGUAGUUUAAUGUGAGCAGGAAAUGCAUGCAAAUUUGCUUUUGUAAUACUUGGCAAUGUGUAAAUAAUUGAGUUUAAGGUGGGUCAGAUUUACACCCAAUGUAAAAGGAAAUAACACAAUAUUGUGUAAAAAGUACACUAAAGUAAAAUUAUUGAGCGAUCAACAAAAUACUGAUUGAAUAUUGUUUACUUUGUGAAGUAAGGGAGAUUGGUUACAGUUAAACAACAACAUCUGAAUAUAAUUAUAUUAGGUGAGAGUACACAUUUUUUUCUAAUAAUUUUCACCAUUUUAAUCUGUGAAGUGUUUCAGCUUGUUUUUGGUUUGAUUUUAUUCAGUGCAUUUUUCUCUACCUUCGUUGUUCAGAUUAAAUAUUGAUUUUAGCAUCUAUUGAUCUGUUUUUAAAUUCUUUGUCAUGUCUGAAAUUUGUCUAUAACUGACUCAUUAUGAUGUUAAUGAGGGAUGCCCACUUGAGUGAUUUUCAA